AUGACAAAGUUGGAAUCAUUCGCCAAUGAACUUCUCCUGGAUUUGUUCGAAUAUUUUGAUGGAAUUCAUCUUUUGAAUGCAUUCUAUGGUCUCAAUCAUCGUUUCAAUCAACUUCUUUUACAUCAUUUUCAUAAUUAUUCUUUCGAUUUUCGUUCGAUAUCAAAACGUCAUUUCAAUUUAGCUUGCCGGGAAUACUUACCACUCGUUAACGAUCAAAUCGUCUCAUUGCAUUUAUCUGAUGAUGAUGAAACACCAAAACUACCUGAACUUUUCCUCUCUCAAAUCUUUACUUUCGAAUAUUUUAUUUACUUGAAGUCUCUCUCACUCUACUGUAUUCGUUCUCUUGAUCUAUUGAAUCAAAUCGUCAUUCAAUGUCGUCAAUUAUCAUCAUUAACUCGAUUAAAUAUCAUUAACUUCUAUGUUGAUUACGAAGAAAACAUAGCUGUUAUUUUAAUGAAUAACAUAUGGAGCUUGAAUUUAAUUCAGUGUCAUUUAGACAACUUUUAUUCAGGUGGACGAUGCUUUUUCGGAAUUGACACCGUUUGUACGACAAUGAAAUAUCUUUCGAUUGAAAAUAUUUAUUGCGAUUUAACUGUUGUGUAUCAUCUAUUUCAAUAUACACCUAAUCUUCGGCAAUUGUCUACCGCAAGUGAUUACUGUUCAGAUGAUCAAUCAAUUUAUGCGAAGGGUUUGCUGAUAAGCAAAUUCGAACUUUCGUUUGAAGGCUCAAUUCAAUGUUUAACAAAUCUUUUUCAACACAUGCCUAAUUUACGUUCUUUAACAUUGAAAACAUCAGAUAUUAAGCUGAACGGAUACCAGUUGGAAGACAUUUUUCGUGAAUACCUACCGAAAUUGAAAGUCUUUCGAUUGAAAAUGAACUUUCACUUUAAUGAAAGCACAGACAAAGCUCGACAAAUCGAUGAGUUGCUAAAUACUUAUCGAACCGCGUUUUGGCUCGAACAACAUCGUUGGUUUGUACAAUGUGACUGGGAUCCACAUGAUAUCUUCGAUCGAGUUAUUCUAUACACUUUACCGUACGCUUUCAGUGACUUUUUCUAUAUCGACACGAUCCAAUCGCAAUCAACAGCUUCGAAUCAACUAAACAAUUCAUCCUACGAUCGUGUCAAUACUCUUCGAUAUUGUUAUGGUCCAACGGUAUCAACAUUAGGUUCAAUAUGCAAAACAUACCGAUUUGAUCGGAUCUGUCGAUUAAAACUUCAUAUUCCUUGUCGGAAUAGUUUUUGGUUAAGUAUUCCCACGCUUAAUUAUCUAAAAUAUCUUGAAGUAACAAUUCAUGAUGAAUCGAAUCUUGUACAGCUACAAUCGUUAUUGAAUCGAGUACCACAUCUUUAUUCUUUGACAAUCCGUUCCUCGUUGAAAUCGCCAAUAACUCUAGAUCAAAUGUAUAGUAACUCAUCGAUUCGUCGUCUUGACCUCAUGACAAAAUCAGCUGUUCGUUUACGAUAUUUUACUACGGAAGAGUGCCAUCUAUUGAUUCACUCCUCGUUAAUUCAGCAAUGCGAAGUACUCUUAAUCAGUGUAGAAAAUCGAAUGGUGAUUUGUGACAUUGUUAAAACAAUGAACAAUCUUCGCGCUUUAACUUUUCAAUGUCAAGAUGAUAAAUGGAAUUAUUGCGAUUUAUGGGCAACAGGUGAUGAAUUAGUUCACUGGUUAGUCGAAUGUUUUCCAUCGACAUUCUUUAUCGUUAGAGAUAAAACCCAAACGUCGAAAAUUCAUCUCUGGAUUCGUUGA